AACAUCUACAAUAUUUAUACACAAUACUUCACCUCCCCUUCCAAGCAGGAAGCGGCAUGUCAUUAGUAUCUUGAAAUAAAAGGCUUACGUGAGGCGAGGAAGGGACUCCCCGCACAGCGGGCUCGAGUGGGAACCGCAGCCGGCAGCCUGCGCCUAGGCCGCGGGCUCGGGAGGCCAGCCCUUCAGCGCUCGCCGGGAGUGGGAGGGGUUUCGAUAGAGAAGGACGGCAACACCCCUCUCUCUCUCUCCGCCCGGGGAGAGCAGCCGAUCCAACGUUAGAAACGGAAGGGGACUUAUUUGAGAGGGGGAAAAAAAAUAAAUAAAUUCACCAGAAGAGGAUUAAAAUAAAUAAAUAAAAAGCCAUGGAGGGAAGGAAUGAGGCUUCAGGUCCUUCCAGGGGGAAGGAGAAGUCCGGUAAGAUGAAGAAAAGCCUGGAGGAAGGAGAAAAGAAAACCAAGUUUACUUUUAAGAAGCUGAUUCCUGAUGAGCUGGAACGGUUCACUAGCAUACGGAAGAAGGAGAAGCCCUAUGUUCAAGCAAAGCACUCGUCAACACCAGUUUAUGAAGAUCAUCCUUCUGCACUGCCCUCGUUGUCUGACAGUGAGGUGCUGGAGCUAUUUGAGCAGAUGUUGCUUGACAUGAAUUUGAAUGAAGAGAAGCAACAGCCAUUGAGAAACAAAGAUAUGAUUAUAAAAAGAGAAAUGGUUUCUCAGUACCUUCAUACCUCCAAAGCAGGGCAAAAUCAGAAAGAAAGUUCCAGGUCACCAGUGAUGUACAUCCAAGAAUUGAAAUCAGGAAUACGAGAUAAUCAGCUACUAAGUUGUUUAGAAUCUUUGCGUGUUUCUCUCAGCAAUAACCCAGUCAGUUGGGUGCAGAACUUUGGUACAGAUGGGCUAGCGACACUCUUGAGUAUAUUGAAAACAUUACAGGAUGAGCAGGACCCUUUAAGUCUGAACACAAAAAUUCAACAUGAAAUUAUUAGGUGCCUCAAAUCUUUUAUGAACAACAAGAAUGGGAUAAAGAUGAUGUUGGAUUCAGAAGAUGGCAUUCUACUGUUGGUCAAAGCUGUAGAUCUUAGUGCUCCAUCUAUGAUGAUUGAUGCUGCCAAGCUAUUGUCUGCUAUCUGUGUCCUGCCAGGACCUGAGAAUAUGCAUGAAAAAGUGCUCGAAGCAGUGACAGAGAGAGCAGAGGAGAAAGAAUGUGAAAGAUUCAAGCCACUGUUGGAUGGAUUAAAGAUCGAACAGAGCAUAGCACUAAAGGUGGCAUGCAUGCAGUUUGUUAAUGCCCUCAUCAUUCCUGCAGACGAACUCGAUUUCAGGAUUCACCUGCGGAGUGAGUUCAUGCGUUUGGGCCUCAAUCGGAUAUUACCGGAAUUAAGGAAAAUUGGGACUGAAGAACUUAAUGUGCAGCUUUCUGUGUUUGAUGAACAUGCGGAGGAAGAUUCAGAAGAUUUGAAAAGUCGCCUGGAAGAUAUUCGAAUAGAAAUGGAAGAUGUGAAUGAAGUCUUCCAGAUGCUGCUGAACACUGUGAAAGACUCCAAAGCAGAGCAAUACUUCCUCUCUAUCCUUCAACACUUGCUUUUGAUCCGCAAUGAUUACCAAGCCAGGCCACAGUAUUACAAGCUUUUAGACGAAUGUGUGUCUCAGGUAGUCCUACAGAAAAAUGGAGCUGACCCAGACUUCAAAUGUAGAAAAGUCUCUGUGGAUGUGGAACAUUUAAUAGACAACAUGAUUGACAAAACCAAAGUGCAAAUCAGCGAAACCAAAGCUGCAGAAUUGGAAAAAAAGCUUGAUUCAGAGUUAACCACUCGGCAUGAACUACAAGUGGAAAUAAGGAAGAAAGAAGCAGAUUUUGAAGUGAAGCUCUCUGAACUUCAAGCAAAACAACAGGUGCUAGAGACGAGUAAAACAGAGGUGGAGAUUGAAAAUAAGAAACUGUUGAAUGAAAAUAGUCAACUAAAGGAUGAGAACACACAAUUAUCUAAGAACUUGGAAGAUACAAAGACAAAGUUGGCCAACAUUCCAAAAGUGUUGCCGCCACAACCAGAUCAGAUUAACAGGCCAUUACCCCCAGCAGCACCUCCACUACCAGGCCAACCAGGAAUUCCUCCUGCACCUCCACUACCGGGACACACCGGGCCACCUCCACCUCCGCCUCCACCUCCGCUACCAGGACACAUCGGGCCACCUCCACCUCCGCCUCCACCUCCACUACCAGGACAAGGUGGCCCACCUCCACCUCCGCCUCCACCUCCGCUACCAGGACAAGGUGGCCCACCUCCACCACCUCCGCUACCAGGACAAGGUGGCCCACCUCCACCACCUCCACCUCCUGGGUUUUCCAGAAUGCCACCUCCACCACCUGGGAUGCUUGGUGCUCCUUUUGCUCCAGCUGCCCCCAGUUUACCAUUUGGACUGACAUCGAAAAAAGAGUACAAGCCAGAAGUUCAACUCAAAAGGCCUAAUUGGCCAAAAAUUAUGCCUAAAGAUAUGAAUGAAAAGUGUUUCUGGGUCAAGGUAAAGGAGGACAAGUAUGAAAGUAAAGAGCUCUUUGCGAAACUCACCCUUACAUUCUCUGCACAGACCAAGACAAGUAAAGCCAAGAAGGAACAACAAGAUAUGGACGACAAGAAAACAACACAGAAGAAAAAAGUUAAGGAACUAAAGGUAUUGGAUGGCAAAACAGCUCAGAAUCUAUCUAUCUUCUUGGGUUCUUUCCGUUUGUCGUACGAGCAAAUCAAGAAAGUAAUUCUUGAAGUGGAUGAAAAGGUUCUGACAGAAUCACUGAUCCAGAACCUCAUUAAGCAACUUCCUCAGCAAGAGCAGUUGAAUGCCUUAGCAGAGCUGAAAGAUGAAUAUAAUGACCUCUCAGAACCAGAGCAGUUUGGAGUAAUUAUCAGUUCUGUGACCCGUUUGAGACCUCGAUUGAAUGCAAUACUAUUUCUGCUCCAGUUUGAAGAGCAGGUGAAUAACAUUAAGCCAGACAUCGUAUCAGUGAAGGCAGCCUGUGAGGAAGUGAGGAGCAGUGAGAGGUUUUCCAAGUUAAUGGAAAUCAUCUUGUUGGUGGGAAACUACAUGAAUGCAGGAUCACGGAAUGCUGGAGCAUUUGGGUUCAGCAUCAGCUUCCUUUGUAAAUUAAAAGAUACAAAAUCCACUGAUCAGAAGAUGACACUUAUGCACUUUAUAGCAGAAAUGUGUGAAGAACAAUACCCUGAAAUCAUUCACUUCACAGAAGAGCUAAACCAUGUGGAAAAAGCAAGCCGAGUUUCUGCAGAAAUGUUACAGAAGAACGUAGAACAAAUGGGGAAACAGAUUGCCACUUUGGAAAAAGACAUCAGCACCUUCCCACAAACCAGUGACGAUCAAGACAAGUUUGUAGAGAAAAUGACCAGUUUUGUACAGGUUGCAAGGGAACAGUUUGAAAAACUAUCAGAAAUGCAUAAAACCAUGGAGGAGGAUUUUGAAGAUCUUGGAAAAUACUUUGUCUUUGACACCAAAAAAAUAUCUGUUGAGGAGUUUUUUGGUGAUCUUAGUAACUUCAAGAGUAUGUUUUUGCAAUCAGUAAUGGAGAACAAGAAAAGGAAAGAAGCUGAAGAAAAAAUCAAAAGAGCCAAACUUGCCAAAGAGAAGGCAGAGAAAGAGCGACUAGAAAAACAGAAGAAGAAUGCAGCAUUUGACAUGAAUGCGGAGGGUAAUGAGACAGGGGUAAUGGACAGCCUAAUGGAGGCACUUGAAUCAGGGGCUGCAUUCAGGAGAAAGAGGGGUCCACGGCAAGCUGCUAAUCGAAGAGGCAAUGCUAUGACUUCUAUUCUUGCCAAAGAACUUACCAAGGACGAUGCCAUCGGUCAGACUGCAAGAAAGAAGCAGAAAGUAAAUAAUGAAGCGAAAGAAGUCACGACCCCAAUGGAACAAGAUGAGAUGUUGGAGAGCAUUCUUACACGUUCCAAUUAAACCCAUACGAAAAUGUCUGGAAUUUAAUGUCACGUGCCAUAAAUCCAUCUAUUUUGGUUUGGUGCUUUUUUUUAAGUAAUCUGAAGGUAUGACAGUUGGAUUUUUUGGGACUAAUUUUAUCUCACUUGAAGAUGACGGCACUCGCCAGAUGGGGCAGUGUGGCUGAUAUUUCAAUGCAUAAUAUUGUUCUCUGAUAUAAGUUUUUGGCAACGCUGCAGUGCAGACUUAGUCUGUCAUAGGUGGCCCUCUCAUAUUUUGGGUGCCUUUGCUUAUCUUCCUCAAGUUUUAAGCAUAUCUGUUGAUUCCCAUCUUUGAUGGGUUUAAUGUCAAACUCUCAAGUUAGAGAGAUGAAAAUAAAUUUGUUUGCACAUCAGCCUCAUAGGCCACUUAAAAUAAAUCAGUAGGUGUUUCAAAUCACAUUCUUUCCUAAUAGUCUUGUAAAAAAUUUUAUUGGAGACAGAGGGGAGACAUUCUUAUUGUAUCACAGAUCACACUUAUGACUAUUAAUAGACAGAUGUCGCAUAAGAGCUGUCAAGUAGCAAGUUAUUUUCGAACUGGAAAAAGCACUUGGCCCACCCGUGUUAAACAUCUAUACACAGCAUUGAAACACAUAUAAGAACAAAGUGUUAAUUAUUUUAUGAACUAUAAAGCCAAAAGUUAAAAAUAAAUAUAAAUGAUGAUCAAUAUGUUGUAAAGUUGGAGAUACAGAAAUGCAGCUGUGCUUAUUCCCUUUUUAAUAUCAUUGCCUCAUUGCUACUCAGCUGAUUUUUAUAUUCUCUCUCCUGCACUGUCCACUGAAAUAUUGGUGCAGUGACUCUAGAAGUUCACCAAACAGAAAGACUUCUAGAUUUGCUUUGAGCUUCACAGAACUGCUGACCUUGUACUUUACAGAGGUAGUUUCCACUCUGGGAGGGAUCACAUUUUAGAAUUUUCUCUGUUGAAUCAGGAAAAUAUGACAAAUUAGUCAUUGCCAAAUGCCAUAUAUUAGUUUGAAAGCUGUGGUCAAUCAUUUUUACUUAUAUUGAACCCAUUCAUGGAUAAGUAUGGCAAACCAUGAAAUGUAUUCUUGUCACCCUGUUCACAUGAAGCUUCCCGAGCUUUGCUGGAUCAUUCCUCUGUUUUUUUUCCCAAUUCUGUUUCUAAGUCACAUUUUAUGCCUUUAACAAAAUCCUAAAAAAGUAAUAUUCCAAUGCAGCAGUUGGGAUGGUCUUACAUCCAUGAUCAUAGUUUAUCAAUCCCACUGGAAGGGAAAGCUACACCAACAAACAAACUUUUACCAAACUACAUGAUUUAUUAUGUUGCCUGUGGAAAAUAUUUCCCCAUUAUUUCUAUUCUGUCCUAGUCCCCCUUGUUUCUAUCUAAACAGUGUUAUGUAUGGUAGAAUAUAGUCUCUAUAUGUUGGUAAAUAACUUUUAAUAUAGUGUUUGUUGUAAGCCAUAACCACAACAAUUCAUCUGGUCUACUUGAGAAAGCUAUCACUUAUGCCUUCAAGAUUCUUUCAAUUCAAUUUCCUUCCACUAACAACAUGUUAUACCCACACUGGAGGAUAAGCAGUGAAGAAACGAUUCAAAACAAAGCUCUGUUGAUUUCUUCUGAUUUGAAAUUGGAGAGAAAAUGAGAACCAGAGGAAAAUACCCCGAAAAGUGCCUUCCAUUGAUCGUCUAAAAUAAUACCAUUGCUCAUUUUAAAUUUAGGUUGAGAAGUUUUAAUUCCUGGCAAAUUAAAUAUUUGAUUAUAAUGAGCUCAACUACUAAUUUGUUUUAGGUGGCUCUGACUUAGCAAUUCAGGUGAUACUUAUUCUUUCUGAUCCCUGCUGAGACCCAUCAUCUCAACUAAGUGAUGGGAAUUGCCUUGGGGUUCAUAGGAUUUUGCUGCUGUGUGUAGACAUGUUCCAGAGUAUGAACCUUUUCACACCACCUUCAAUAGCUGUAACUUCUCUCCUAGCCUUUUUUUUUGGGGGGGGGG